UUCUUUUCUUUGGUUCAAAGUCUCGCCAGAUGUCUCCAGGCUGUAAAAACAGUAGGCUUUAGCAGAAGACCUCCUCGUUUGAAAUGGCUGUAGAACUUUUUCACAAAAAUGAGACUUUGCAAAUGCGCAAGAAGCUGAUUGCACAGUCCUGCAGACUCUUUUUCUCCCAUGAUCCUGUGAAAAUAGUCCGUGCUCGAGGUCAAUAUUUAUAUGACGAGAAUGGCACACAGUAUUUAGACUGCAUUAGUAAUGUUCAACAUGUGGGUCACAGUCACCCCAGCAUCACCCAGGUGGCUGGCACUCAGAUGGAUCUUCUGAACACAAACACUAGAUUCCUUCAUGAUAAUAUAGUGCAGUAUGCCGAUCGACUGGCCGCCACUCUGCCGAAGAAACUUUCUGUCUUCUAUUUUGUCAACUCGGGAUCAGAGGCUAACGAUCUGGCCUUGAGACUGGCCCGUCAGUACACCCAACAUCAGGAUGUCAUCGUUCUAGAUCAUGCAUAUCAUGGACAUCUCACCUCGCUUAUUGAUAUCAGCCCAUACAAGUUCAGGAAACUGGAAGGCCAGAAAGAGUGGGUUCAUGUGGCACCUCUCCCUGAUACUUACCAUGGCAUCUAUCGAGAAGACCAUCCUGACCCUGGACAGGCUUAUGCAGACACGGUCAAAAGUCUGAUUGAGGAGGCGCAUAAGAAAGGUCGCAUGAUUUCAUCUUUUUUUGCUGAGUCAUUACCCAGUGUUGGAGGUCAAAUCAUUUUCCCAGCUGGUUAUUGUAAAAGAGUAGCAGAAUAUGUUCAUGAAGCAGGAGGAGUUUAUGUGGCAGAUGAGAUUCAGACAGGCUUUGGUCGUGUCGGGAGUAAUUUCUGGGCAUUUCAGCUUGAAGGUGAAGAUUUCUGCCCUGACAUUGUGACCAUGGGCAAACCAAUGGGCAACGGCCAUCCCAUUGCAUGUGUGGUCACUUCAGAAGAGAUCGCUGGUGCUUUUACAGCCAAUGGAGUGGAGUACUUCAACACAUUUGGAGGUAACCCAGUGUCCUGCGCCAUUGGUCUGGCAGUUUUAGAUGUGAUAGAGAAAGAAGAUCUCAGAGGCAAUGCUGUGCGUGUCGGAGGUCAUCUUAAACAGCUGCUCCUUCAUCUUCAGGAAAAACAUCUACUCAUCGGAGAUGUGCGUGGUGUUGGGCUGUUUAUAGGUAUGGAGCUUGUUAAAGACAGAGAGUCCCGAGAACCAGCAACAGAAGAAGCAGCACAUCUAGUCCGAAGGCUGAAAGAGGAUCGUAUAGUGAUGAGCACAGAUGGACCAUGGGACAGUGUCAUCAAAUUCAAACCGCCAAUGUGCUUCAGCAUGGAGGACGCUAACAGAGUCGUUAUAUGCAUUGACCAAAUACUUAGAGAAAUGGAGGAUGUCCAAAAAGAGGACUGUGGAAAAAGUUGAGGUUUAAAAAAAGAUUCUCUGGGAAAUUUAUUAAUGAUUUCACAUCUCAAAACUGAUCGAAUCACAUAGUAAAUUAAUAUUAUUUGCAUUUUUAAAUAUACUUCGGUUGACAUUCAUAGAACAAUUAAACUCUUUGAACUGAAUUUACUUAAGCUACACACCUGACAACAUUUGUGAAAUAAAUCUUAAACCAACAUAUUGACACACAGAAAACUACACAUAUUAUUUACCAGAAUGAGACGUAAACAAAUAUUAAGACAUUUAAGAUUUUAACGUCCGUUUUAUAGUCAAAACUAAAUAUAUAAUUUUUUCCAAAUUGUACACAAAUCCUCCUGCAUGAUCUUUAUAUUACACAUGUACUGCUCAUUUUUGAAUAGUGACUCUAAAAUAAAAGUGGUUAUUGACAA